GACGGAAUAAUUAUCGACAAAAUGAAAACGACAAUCGUGGAGGAGAGGAGUGUGAAUGAAACGAUAGAAACAAUAGCCACGAGCAGUGGCUCCGUCCAGGAGACCAUCGAGAUUGUGAAUAUCGAUGGAUCUGUAGCACCGAAGCACCGUCACCAUCAUCACCAUCACAGACAUCACCAUCACCACGAAAGGCAGGAGAAUGUUGAAGUUGUGGCGACAGAGGAAGUGAUUCUUGUGGAGAAUGCACCGAAAUCAAGGAAGCAUCACCAUCACAAGCAAAGGACUUCUCCACCACCACCCCUGCCGCAAACCUCACCACCAUUCCUGACCCCCACUGAAGAGGUGGGUCUCAAUGUGGUGUGGGAACCCCAGGCCUUUUGGAACCAGUCCUCACCCAAUCCCUCCACUGAUCUAGAUCUCUCCCCGGAUAACGAGGUUGUCGAUGUAGAGGAGAAUAUGGAUACUACUUCAGCUUCCGAUGAAUUCACCACUGUUGUUUGGCAAUCGGAGACAAAGGAGUCUAUUAGGGAAACCCAGAAGCACACUAGAGUGGUGGAGGAGGAAAUAAUAAUUGAUCAAUUGGACCCACCACCGUAUGCACCACCUGCACUACAAGUGCAGACAGGAUUCUUCCCAGUGGCUCAACAGCCCCCACUUUCACCCAUCGCAGAAUUGGUGCAAACAGAUGUGGUGGUGGAAUCGGUGGAUCCUCCACUGCCACCAACAGGUUACAUUCCUAGAAUCAAUCUAAAGCCAACGGAAACUAUUGUCGAGAGUGUCGAGGUCAUCGUUCCCGCUCAAAUUCAACAAGAGCCGGAGUUUAUUCCGCAGCCGGGAUUUGUGGCCAGAAUUGUGGAGAAUAUAGAAGUUGCUGCAGCAUCUAAUUCUUCACUGGUUCCACCUCAAAAGAGUUAUUAUCCUCGGUCAGGUUUGGUGGAGACUUUGGUGGAGGAUAUCGAAGUGGUAAAGGAUGACGCUCCUGUUCAGAGUGGUUAUAUUCCCGGAAAUGUUGAAGUGAAAUCGAUUGUGGAAAAUAUAGAUGCUGAUUCUCCUUUUCUUCUCCCUGCCAAUGGAUUCGAUACUGAUGAGUCCAUUGUGGAAAACAUUGAAGUCUCGACAGAAGUAGAUGAUUCUCCAUUUCUGCUUCCAGUUGAUGGCUUUGACUCUGAACCAGUCUAUGUGGAAUCGAUUAUUGAAAAUAUAGAAGUCCCACCAUCUCAACCUGUCCUGCAAAUAUCGGAUCAAAGUGUUGUUCCUGCAGGCUUUGUCGAGUCUGCGGUGGAAAACAUACAAGUCAUAGAAACGGAAGAUUCCCCAUUCCUGCUACCCACUGAAAAUGACUAUACUCCUCAGGCAGGCAAUGUGGAAUCAAUAAUAGAAACUAUAGAAGUAACUACGGAAGUGGAACCCACAUUAAGACCAUCAACACAAAUUGAUAAUCUACCUCGAUCUGGUUUCGUGGAAUCCAUUGUAGAAAACAUUGAAGUCACUAAUGAGGUUGAUCCCCCACAGCCUGCACUUCCAAGUGAUGUGGUCACUCAGAGUGGUCUAGUAGAAUCGAUAGUGGAAAACAUAGAAGUCACAGAAAUAGUGGAUACACAAGCUCCGGCUCCAGCACAAACUGGAUUUGUGGAGUCGGUAGUGGAACGUAUAGAUGUCACGGAAGAAGUUGAACCUCCAAUGCGACCACCUCUUCCGCUCAGCUAUCCUCCUCGUUCAGGAUUCGUAGAAUCGAUCGUGGAGAAUAUAGAAGUCGAACAGGUUACUCCUCCUUAUCAACCUCCCCAGCAAAUCGACAUUGUUCCUCAAACAGGUUUUGUAGAAACAUUUGUAGAGGAUAUUGAAAUCAAAGAAUCUGUGCUACCGCCAAUACAAAAUGGAUAUGCACCCCAAGGAGGAGUAGUUGAAACAAUUGUCGAAGAAGUAGAAGUCGUACCCGAUCCUCCACGUCAAUCCAUAGUGACAACCGAUUAUAUGCCCCGUGCAAGUUUGGUUCAAGAACUGGUUGUGGAAUCACUUGAGGUUACACCAACAUCAUCGCCUCCACCCGAACAAUUUCCCUUCAUUUCCAGAGAGAGCCUAAUCGUACCUGAUGAUUACGUGGAGGUGGAAGAAGUCACCCCUUAUAACACGGCACCUCAUAGUCCAAUAGUGGAAGUGGAAAGAUUGAGCGAAGCCGAGGCUUAUGUGGAGAUUAUUGAAGUUACACCAGUUAAUACUCCACCAAGUAGUCCCCCACCCCAGAGGCCCAUUGAAGUGGGUUUCCUCCCCAGACCCAGCUUAGCCGAAACGGCGGUGGUUGUGGAAUCAGUGGAGGUAACUCCAACUCCUACACCGCCACCAAGCCCAGCACUGAAACUCAUAAUACCACCGUCGAAUCCGAUUCCAUCGGAGGUGAUUGUGGAGUCAGUGGAUGUCACACCAGUACCAUCUCCACCCUUCAAGCCACCAGCGAAGACACUUAAUAAUUUCAUUCUAACUGAUCUGGUCAUCGACGAUCCCCCAUUCGUAGAAGUGGUGGAAAGGGAAGUGGUUGUGGAGUCCGCAAACAAUGGCCAAGUCACUGAGGUUAUUGAAGUCACGGAAGAGAUCAUACAACCUGUCACACCCAUCGGAACUGUCUUAGUGGGUGAAGUGUCCGAGCAAAACAGCGACAAAUUUGGCAAGCGUUAUUCCCUAAGUGCGGCACUGGCUGAUGGACAGCAGCAGGAGCAGGGAAAGCCGGAAACGAACCAGUCACCACCGAUCCAAAAACGAGAUAAACCCACCGAACCACCGAAGCGUAGAUGUUGCCAGUGUAAAUGCAUCAUUUCCUAAAGCAGAGGUCAGGGGCUUUCCCCAAGCCUGGGAAUGUAAGCUCCGCCUAUCGCAUAUCUAAUCAGGGAAAACAGAAGCCCCCCAAAAAAUCACAG